AUGUCUGCAUCUGGUAUACCCAACUUGCUCUCACUGCGAGGAGGUCCACGUCUUCGUGGAGGUCGUGAUAGAGGAGGUGGACGCGAUGCUGCCGGUUCCACCGCACUGAAUCGCAAUGAUCUUGCCAUACAGUCGACAGACACUGACGCUGCAGUUUCUCGUCUAAGUGCUGUUUCCAUGGGCUAUUUGAAUGAUCCUUUUGCCGCACUGUUUGUCAAUGGACCUCCAACGCGCCGUCUUCCAAUAAUCAACCGGGGAACAUAUACGAGGACGACUGCUCUCGAUAUUCUGAUAGAUGCAUUCAUAUCCCAAGACCCAAGCGAAGCAGAAAAUCCGUCUCCAAACAGACAGAUAGUUUCACUUGGCGCGGGAACUGACACGAGAUAUUUCCGACUUCGAGCAAAUAAUCAACACCACAAACUCAUCUAUCACGAAUUUGAUUUCCCAUCCGUCUCGAAUCGCAAGUUGCAGCUAGCAGGUAGUAAUGAACACAUUUUAGGUCAAGAUAAAAAUCUACGACUCUUCAAUCAGAAGGCAGGCAACCCGGUGGACGGUCGAGAAGAAGGACAAUGGGGGUUCGCGCUUGCGGAUAAAGGUGACGAUGUUCGAUUUUGUUGUCAUCCUCUUGACUUGCGUCGGCUACCAUACAAUCCAACAAUGAAGGCUCUGGAUUAUUUUCAAGGGCUACGAUCGGACCUCCCGACGCUCGUGAUAUCUGAGUGCUGCUUGUGCUAUUUAGAGGAUGAUAACGCGAGGGGCGUAAUGGACUGGUUCGCACAGAGAAUCUCGUCAUUUGGGAUAGUUCUCUACGAGCCGAUAGGAAUAGACAGUGCUUUCGGCCAAAUGAUGGUCUCAAACCUUGCAGCAAGGAACAUUACCAUGCCUACUGUUGAGGUUUACAAGAAUUUAGCAGAUCAGAAGGAGAGGAUUUCCGCCGUCCUGGGAAAGAAUGAUGAUGAUAAUGGAAGUUCUGAAGCACAGACUAUUGAGCGCAUCUGGGAGCAAUGGGUAAUGCCUGAGGAAAAAGAACGAGUUGACAGUCUUGAAGGGCUUGACGAGAUUGAAGAGUGGCAGAUGCUUGCAAGACAUUAUGCUCUUCAACCGGAUCCUACAAAUGGAUUCGUUAGUUAUAUCUCCGCAACGGAGGCAAGCAAUCUUGGAUUGGCAGGAAUUACCAGAAGUGGCGCUGCGUAUAUGGGAGUAGACUACAAAACACAACUUAGCCCUGGUGGUCCGGGUCGAAAGAGUGUUCGCGUCACAUCCAAGAAAUCAUGGACACGUGGGCUAUUCAUUGCAGAUAUUGCGCAUAUGCCAGGAGGAAUAUGUGGGACAUGGCCAGCCUUUUGGAGUUUUGGUCCAAAUUGGCCCUCCUCUGGAGAGAUCGAUAUCAUUGAAGGCGUUAAUAGCCAGAAGACCAAUUCUAUGGCUUUACAUACUUCCCCAAACUGUGUAAUGAACUCUGUUCCACAGCUUGGCAUCACCCAAACCUCAAAUUGUGAUGGAACUACGAAUUACAACGCCGGUUGUGGCACUUUAUCGAAGUCUACUAAGAGCUAUGGCAAAGGGUUCAAUGCCGCUGGUGGUGGUGUGUAUGCAAUGGAAUGGACAUCCGGCGCCAUUAAAAUAUGGUUCUUUUCUCGCAGUUCCAUUCCUAGCAAUAUUAAGAGUGGUAAUCCGUCGCCUGCCAGCUGGGGCACCCCGCAAGCCAAUUUUCAGGGCUGUAAUAUCGACCAGCACUUCAAGAGUCAUAAUCUUGUUUUUGACAUUACCUUCUGUGGAGAUUGGGCAGCUAAUGUUUGGCAAAAUGACGAUACUUGUAAAAGCCUAGCUGGAAGUUGUCAAGAUUAUGUAGCCGCAAAUCCGUCUGCUUUCAAAGAUGCGUAUUGGAGUAUUAACUCUGUCAAGGUUUACACUUCGCCGCAAUCUUAUUUUCCUGUAUCGUUUGCGGCAGUGCAGAAUGACAAUGAUACACUUGGGCAACCUGUGCCUGAGUUCACCGGAGAUCAAGAUCUCAGCCUUACGCCCAACGAAGAGGAUUGCGCUCCAGAAGACUCUAAUAUCGAACUCCCAAUGUCGUCGAAAGGCAUGUUUGGCACAUCUGCAGCAGCAAACCCUCCAGCUGAAGUCAUAGACUCAGAACCCUCAUUUCAAUAUCCGUACUCUUUCAAUCCGACAUACAACACUUCGGCUAAUAGCUCAAUCCCAGAAGCUACUGCUUUGUCAACCUCUGUCUCAGUCGCUCCAUCGACUAUUGAGGUUCGAGCAAGUGAUUCUGUUCAAAGUCCAUCGGCUUCGCUCAACGCUACGCUUGUUAGUCAAGCUUUGAACACGGAAGAUUUAUCACAAGCAAAGGGAACUUCUACUGAUGUCUCAGCGCAGAAUUCAUUACAAACAUCUACAGUCUCAUCUGUUACCCCAUUUGAAUCCAUCAUAAAUACCGAUGAGCCAGCAAAUUUGGACGGUAUACCAAAUGAACCAACAAUUAGUCAGAGGGCCCUUGCUGAGGAAUCCCAAGCCGCGCGUGAAGGCGCCAAAACAAUUACCUCUGAAAGCAAUACCAGGCCGACCAUCACAAAAGCCAUCCAGCCAGAGACCACGAGCAAAACAAGCCCUUCUAGAUAUCCUCUUGAUCGGAAAAAUUCAUCGUCGGUGGUGCCGAUGCUAUCACCGUCUUCCAAUGGAACCAGCUCACUAGCCGCUACUCCAGCCUUAUUUGCAUCAUUCCCCCCACAGCCAAACGAUUUGGUAUAUCUUGGCUGCUUCACUGUAGAUGAGAGCAAUUUGAAGGUUGAAUGGGACUCGCAGUGGGCAUAUACAGAGGCCUGCUGGAAUACUUGCUAUGAUUUGUCCAAGCCUUACUCCGCUCUAUCUGGAACAAAGUGUCUUUGCGGAGUUACAGGAGAUCUUGGCAUUAUCUCCAGUAAUUCCCAGUGUGAUACGCCGUGCCCGGGAAACACUAUGACAGCCUGCGGGGGAAAUGAUACACAAAGCAGCGUCUCGACCGUCGGCCGUAGGGAUGUUCUAGAGCAGCACAACAUCAUCACUCUCUAUCAAAACAAUAUGAAACCGCCGAUGCCGUGGACAGUAAACGCAAACGACAACUUGAGUCGGGAUGAGAUCGAAUAUCUUUACGAAGGCUGCUGGUUCUUGGAGAUAAAUGACCCACCAAAUUUUGAACUACGGUACCAGCUGCCGGACAUGACUCGAAGUCUCUGUCUCGACGCUUGCCAAGAUUACGCAUAUUUUGGGUUGUACUGGGACGAAUGCUAUUGCGGCCGUUACAUACCCGCACAAGAGGAACAUACAUGCACCUUCCAAUGCCUUGGAGACCCAACCACGCAAUGUGGUGGACUAUCGGCAUCAAUGGGUACUGCACUCAGUGUGUAUCGAAACCCUCGACAUAGGUCUGUCGAUGCAGCUGAUCCUAUUAUCACCAUCGACCUACCAAGUAAUGCGACCCAAACUAUAGCUGAGUUCACAUCUAUUGGUUGCUACUCCUCGAAUGCUGGUGUCACUAACUUCAAAUUGAACUAUGAAUCGUUUGCAAUGACACACGAGCUUUGUUUCUCACAAUGUCCCAGCUCGCUUCUUGCCGGCAUAUAUUCAACAGGAUGCUAUUGUGGUACUUCUGAUAGUCUUCCGGAUCUCGCUGCAAACGGCUCUUGCAAUCAACCAUGCCCGGGAAAUACACAGACGAACUGUGGUGGCAAUGCCAAUGGAAUCUCACUGAGUUUGUUCAAACGUCGAGUAGUUGGGGGAAUUCCUUCGCGUAAACGAGACUUAGCGCCAUUACGUAUUGGACAGCUUGAACCUGCGUCAGCUAUGCUCUCUAAGAGGAGACAACUACCAGUGAUAGCACCAACUGUGUCUAGUGGACUUCCUCAGACAAGCACAACAAGUUCAACUCCAUCCCCGUUCUUGCAUGCCGCCACAGUAGACUUGCCCAGUAAGAAUAUGGGAGCUCAUGCUUUGGACACUUACGAUGGUGGGGAUCCUUCAUCUUUGGGCUGUUACCCGGUUUCAACAGAAGGCCUCGAACCGACAUUCAAUGCUUUGUUUGAGUCGCCGAACAUGACGCAGCCUCUCUGCACUAACGCUUGUAGGGGCUUCUUUUAUGCUGGGGUCGUCUACUCGAAAUGCUAUGGUGGUCGUUCCUUCGAUUUACAGCGUAGCCCGCAAAUCCCUUGUACCUGGCCUUGCCCUGGCGACAAGACGAAUACCUCAUUCUGCGGAGGGACGAAUGGCAGUGUAAUACUGAUGAGCCUACUAAUAACCGGCCAGGAAUCGUGGCCGGAAACGUCUAAUACAGGAGAAGACGGUGUCGAGCGACAAGAUCUCACUGGACCUUUGUUGGGACGCCAACUCCACGAACACCAGUCAGCACAAGCUGGAGCAUCAUUCGCAGUCAGAGGAUGCUUUCCAUUUCCAUCCACCGGCUUCAACUGGGCCGGCUCGAAUUGGGCCAUGGAUCAUGAAGCGUGCGCAACUACUUGCAAGUCGCAGAAUAUGGCUUGGGCCGGCAUUCACGCAGCAGACUGCUACUGUGCAACUGCAAUCAGCGACCCACCAAUUCUUGACAGUCACUGCGACUCCAUGUGUGCAAAUGACGCCUCGCAAACAUGCGGUGGCACGACCUACCCAGCCCUGACGGUUCUCCAAAUCUCGCGGGGAGAAAACACGCAACCAGAUACCAGCACAGGCCAAAGUAUUCCCACACUAACACACGCAGGCACGAGUACUAUAGGUGGUAAAUUUGGAGGAAUCUUCAACAUCUACCUCGGUCACAGCGAAGAAUCUCCUAUCUCAACUACUUGCUACACAUGCACCCAAGCAAUAUCCAUCUCGGUAUCAACCACCACAACAACCGAAGAAUGCAGUGAAAAAACGUCCACCUUAACCGCGACCGCUAUUCCAAUUCAGACAUCCACUCAUAACAACACCACACACGUCCGUCAAGACCGCAAGAAGUUUGACGCUGCCACUCUUGACGUUAACGCUGUCGCCAAUACUACUUCACAUGUUGUGGUCAAGUCGACAUCGAAGAUCACUAAAACAGACGUCAAAACCCCUACGACGACCAUCCCGCCUAUUACGUCUACGAGGUCGCCGGCGGUGAAGACGGAGGGGACGGAUUGGAUUGAUGGGAAGAGUAUCAUUUCUUCGGCUGGAUUUAGGGGCUUGCAGGCUGAAUUUGGGAUGGUGGCGUUUUGGGCGGUGUUGGGGUUUGUGCUUGGUUUGGCUUUGUGA